GUAGUAACCCGGAGUGAGGUGGCAGUCUUAUUCCACAUCGACACUGACUUGCCCUGCAUACAUCCUAUCUGUCUGUGUAUCGCAGCGAGAGCGCACUUAAGGAGUGAAAGAGGAAAGAGUCAAGAUGGCAUCUGGAAGUGGCCGUGGACAAUCUGGGAUCUAGUCUCUAUUCGGGUUUUUUUUUUUUUGGUACCACAGAGCUGACCGUGCAAGGCGUUAAAUAAGUAAGUUUGUGGUGCCCCUGUUGGGACUUCGCUGGUGUGGAUAGCAACAAAGGAGGGGAGCGCGCAUUCAUGGGACGCGACUUUGACAGCUCCUCAUUUCUUGUCUUGUAACUUUAUUACCUGGCAGCGGGGGCGAGAUUGUGACCGGAGCAGGAGAUGAUGGCCGAGGCUCCGCUCCUAGACCCACUCCCGGAGUUGGACGUGGUCAUCGACCCGGACUUCGAGCCCCAGAAGCGGCCCAGGUCCUGCACCUGGCCGCUGCCACGACCAGACUCGAGCGCGGUGAAACCGGAGAGCAAUGACACAGAUAUUAUACCUGAGGAAGAGGACGAUGAAGAUGAUAGUGCCACCCCGACGGCCAUCAGUGUGAAUGGCUCCGGCUUGGCAGCAGAGGACCAGAGCAGCAACAGCCCCGUGGCCGAUGGAGCGCUCUCCUCCCCCGGCCAGGAGAGCGGAGGCUCCCCGCUCUCCGCGCACUCCCCGACUGCCACCUCUGGCGCGCUGACCCCCAGCAGCCUGGCCGCGCAGCAGACCCCGAGGAAAGCAUCAUCCCGCCGCAACGCCUGGGGAAACCUCUCCUACGCCGACUUGAUAACCAAAGCCAUUGAGAGCGCGCCGGACAAGAGACUGACACUGUCUCAAAUUUAUGACUGGAUGGUGAGAUCCAUCCCCUACUUCAAAGACAAAGGCGACAGCAACAGCUCUGCAGGAUGGAAGAACUCCAUCCGGCACAAUCUUUCCCUCCACAGCCGCUUCAUCCGCGUCCAGAACGAGGGAACAGGGAAGAGUUCCUGGUGGAUGAUCAACCCAGAGGGAGGGAAAGGUGGCAAGGCUCCUCGCCGGCGUGCGGUCUCCAUGGACAACAGCAACAAGUACACCAAGUCCGCCCGUGGCCGUGCCGCCAAGAAGAAGGCAGCUCUACAGGCUGCGGCCGCUGCAGCCGGAGAAGGCGGCGGAGACAGUCCUUCGGGUCUGUCAAAGUGGCCUGGAAGCCCAACGUCACGCAGCAGCGAGGAGCUGGACGCCUGGACGGACUUCCGGUCACGCACUAAUUCCAACGCCAGCACACUGAGCGGUCGUCUCUCGCCCAUUCUGGCCAACCCUGAGCUGGACGAGGUGCCCGAUGACGAGCCUCCUCUCUCGCCCAUGCUGUACUCCAGCCCUGGCAGAGCGCUGUCUCCAGGGAACGCCACGACCAACGGGAAGGUCGUGCCGCCUGAGCUGCCUCGUCUGGCAGACCUGGCAGGUACAAUGAACCUAAACGACGGACUCACAGAUGACCUGAUGGACGAGUUGCUGGAUAAUAUCAACCUGGUGCCAACCGUUUCAGGACCGGCAGCUCCAAAUGGUUCCUCAGGGUUCAAUUUUGGGUCCAAACCAAACGGGUUAGUCUCACCCUCCUCCACCACCUCUCCCUCCACCAACCCUUCUUCUAACGCUGGAGUUAAUGGUUACAGUAACUCCAUCUUCGGCCCCCACACGACGGUCUCCUCUCUGCGUCCGUCCCCCAUGCAGACCAUCCAGGAGAACAAGCAGACAUCCUUCUCCAGCAUCAGCCUGUCUCGCUUCGGCAGCCAGACACUACAAGACCUGCUCAACUCUGACAGCCACAGCCACAGUGAUGUCAUGAUGACUCAGUCUGACCCUCUGAUGUCACAGGCCAGCGCUGCAGCCGUCAUUUCCAAGAACUCCCGCCGUGGACUCAUGCUCCGUAAUGAUCCCGUAAUGACCUUUGGGACCACCGGAGGACUUCAGGGCAGCCAAGGGGAGAUUCUGCAAAUGAACAACCACAACCAGAGCUCGCUGAGGGCUUUAAACGGAGGCCUGAACCUCGCCAACGAGGCGAACGCUCUGGCUAACGCCAAGCAGCAACUCCUACUUUCACCUUUGGGAGGAAAUGGUUCCUCUUCCAUGCAGAUCGACACCUCGAUCUUCCUAAACGGGACAGUUAGCAGCAGCGGAGGGAUCUGCCAGGACCGGUUCCCUACAGAUCUGGACCUGGACAUGUUCAACAGCAGUCUGGAGUGUGAUAUGGACUCCAUCAUUAGGAAUGAGCUGAUGGACGCAGAGGGCCUGGACUUUAACUUUGACUCUCUGGCCAACAUGAACGGAGUCGGCAACUUCACGAGCACCAAGCAGAGCUGGGUUCCCGGCUGAGCAGGUCAGGCCGGGGAGGAGCAGAGCAGGUCUGAACUGUGUAUUGCAAGAGAAGAUCAGACACACAACAUCCUUUUUGCCAAACCUGCCAUCAGCACAACGUAAAAAAUGAACCCUGUGUUUACAGAAGAAGACUUCCUCUCGAGAGCUUUACCUUCGCUCCCACACUGGUGAACCGUGAACGAUCCGACAGACUCUAGAGAAACUGCACAUCAGCCCUCAAAGCCUCCUGUGAAACAACAACAACAACAAAAAGAAAGCUAUGUCGAACUCACAAAUCUUAGAAUUAUGCAAUUUUUCCUUUUGACACCCAGUCUGUGUUGAUAUCAAAGAGACACUGCUUUAUCAGAAGGGGUUUCAGGUGGAAUACAAGAACUAAAUAUCAAGCAAAGAUUGAAGGAGCGCAGGGUGCAGUUGUUCCUGAUGAAGGAAAAAAAGUGUGAAAAUCAAGAAGUGAUGUGGUGUAAAUCUGAUCCAGUGGUUUCCUGGGAUGUGUUAUGUUAAAAAAAAUCCCUCUGUUUCACUUAGUGAUUUUAAAUGUUCAGUGUUUGUUUUUUGGAUUUUCUCUGUUUUAUCAUAACUGUUUCUGCAUCAUACAUGUCAUUGGUGUAUUGACGAAAUGAAAAGAUGGAAAUUGAGUAUCUUACUCGCUGAGUGGCCACGCAUACAUGCAGACACACAAACAAACAAACAAACAAACAGACAAACCUACUCUGUGGAAACCCUUAGAAGGUCUCAACUUAAUGCCAUGCACUUCCAGUUUUGUUCUUAUAAAUCGCCUCAAUUAAACGUAACACCACAUACUGAGGGUUAUAUUGCAAUUAGCUGAAUAUGACAAAAAAUAUUUGCUUUCUUUUGUGUAUAUCUAACUGUAAAAAAAAAAAAAUGAAAAAAGACAAGAGGAAGAAACUCUUGUGGAUAUUUGUACAGUGCAGGGCAGUGUAAAGUUCAAGAAGGAGUUGGAAAGAUCUUGUCUGUCUUUUCUUAGAUUUCUUAACUUCUUGUGAGUUCUGUCGAGGUCGUUUAUCACUGCAUAAUGAUGUAGCCAAAAUGAAUACCUGUGUCCUAGGGUUGUGAACAUUUCCACACCAUUACAGGUGCUAUGUAAACAGUGUUGAAUCCUGCCCUGAGAGCACGCCGUGCAAUUUUUGUUUGUUCGUUUUUGUUUCUGUCCUGCAGAAGCCCAAAGCUGCAGCCACUUGUAGCACGGCGAGGUUGAACUUGGCGACGGCGGGGAGGGGGAGCAGGGUUUUUUUUAGGCUCAUUCCUCUAGAAGCCAUUUGUUUCUCGAGUAAAAACAAUAAGCUAUCUCUGUAUAUUGCCAAAUUACUUGAAACAAACAGUAGGAUAUGCUGGCAGCCAAAUCACAGCACACAUACACACAUAUAUUGCACACACAUAGAUAGAAGAAAUAAUACCAGGGAUCUGUGUUAAGCUCUGCUGUUUUCUUGUCAUGAGCUUGUUAUGGGGCUUCUUAUGCAUAUAUAGAAUCACUCAGGGGGGAAAAGGGAGGCUUCCCGUGUAAGUAACAUCAAGUCACAUUCUAAUGGUGUUUUAACAUUUCUUGAUAAAAACAGUAAUGCUUUGUGUUUGUGAACUUGUAACCUGUGAACUUUUGGCCGUCAAGCUGAAGAGGAGGAAGGAAGAUAAACGUCAGGAUUAAGACUUCACUUCGCGGUCUGUUUUUUUUGGCUGUCAUAGCUUUUUUUUGUUUGUUUUCCUCUCAUUUUUCGGACUUGCAUACACACACAUCCCCUCAUGGACACGCCUGGUGCUCCUGCAGGUGACUUCCUGUAUCUCCUGAGUACAUGUUAAUGUGUGUUUAUCUGUGGAGUUUAUUUCUGUUGAAAUUAAUCUCACGAGGAUGUGUAAACCCCUCACUAUCCCUCAUGAUGCAUACAGCACAGCCGACUGUAUGCAUGUAUGUAUUUAUGCAUUAUGAAUUGUGUGAAAUGCAUAUAUACUCGCUGUAUGUCCUUAUAUACUCAUGUAGUACUUGACCCUUGGAUUUUGUGAUACCUCUGAAGGUAAAGGUGAAGAAAUGACGUUACACGCCCGGUGGGAGGGAACACUGUUACCAGCGAUUUAAUUGUUGAAC